AUGGGGAAUUGUCAAACUGUAGAUGCUGCAGCACUAGUGAUCCAGCACCCUAGUGGAAAGAUAGAGAGAUUGUAUUGGUCAGUGAGUGCAAGUUAUGUCAUGAAGGCUAAUCCUGGUCAUUAUGUAUCACUUAUCAUGCCAUUGCCACAAGGAGAAAAUAGUAGUAAUAAUGAGGAGGAGAAGAAGAAGCCUGUGCUUUUCACUCGUGUUAAGUUGCUUAAGCCUGAUGAUACUCUCACUCUAGGCCAUGCUUACAGGCUCAUCACAACUCAAGAGGUUGAGAAAGUUUUGAAAGCAAAGAAGAAGAGGACACAUGGAAAGACAGAGGAGGGUGAGGAAAUGGUGGAGCUGGAAAAGGAAAGUUCAGCUUGUGAGAGUGAAGGGAUGUUGAACACAGGAAAGAUGUAUCAGGCAAUGAGAGCAGACAAACAGAGGCUAAAGGCAGCACCGGUAAAUCCAGCUACACCGAGACCAAAAUCAUGGCGCCCGUCUUUACAAAGCAUCUCAGAGUUUUCCAUUUGA